AUGGAAAAUAGAGAUAAAUACUCUGAUAUCUCAAAACAACAAGCUCACCCUUCCGAGGACAGUAAGUCUCCGGAGCUUCAAAGGCAUAAUUCUGCAGGGGAUGACCAGAUAGUGCUUAUCAAAGCCAUGACUUGGGAGAGAGAGUCCCAUGGGCUGUAUGACUACGAGUCUAGACGUAUCAGCAGAUUUGAAAAAUAAGCUCACAAACGAAGGUGAGAUUGUUAGAACAAGAGAUUCAGUUAUAUUUAAUGAGAACAUUAUAAAUUCUGCCAAAACUGAUGAAGAAGAAACAUGCUUAUUUAGGCUCAGCAAGAGGGAAGGUGUCUAUACUAUCGUACCUCAGAACAAAAAUAUUCCUAACGACAGACUAUGGGUGGUCAUCAGAUCUCUCAAAGAUGGCUAUGUCAUAAAGAAGCAUGACAUUAUAAAACUGGGCAGAAUGAAGUUUAGAGUUAAGGAAUUUAGAACAGAAACAGAAUAUUUUGAAGACCUUGAUAACGACGAGAGUCCUCACCCAGGAUUUGAGGAGGACCAUUAUGUUGAUAGAUGUCAAGAAUCUGACACUAACUGUAGAUUUUGUUGGACUAAUGAAGAAACAGAAGAUAAUCCAUUGAUAGGAUCAUGAAAAUGUGCAGGCUCCAUCAGAUUUAUUCAUUUCCAGUGAGUGAAGAUGUGGCUCCAGACUAAGGUCACCAAGAAAGAGGGAACAAGCCAUUGAACCUUAAAUUGGAAGAAUUUUGAGUGCGAAUUGUGUAAAACACCAUACCCAUACACAUUUUUAUUAGAUGAUAAAAGGUGGUUCUUAGUAGAUUUAAAUCGACCGGAAGACUCAGAUACUCCUUACAUAAUUCUAGAAAGCUUGAGCUCAGAAAAGAACUCAUCAAGGACUAUCCAUGUUGUAGCGAUCAACAGUGACCAAAGCUCCUUCUCUCUUGGAAGAGGGCAUGAUUCUGAGCUAAGGAUCAACGAUAUUUCUGUUUCAAGGAAACAUGCAUCUCUUGAAUACAAGGAUGGGUAUUUCCUUUUGACAGAUUUAAAAUCCAAAUUUGGAACUCUAAUGCUUAUUAGUGAACCGGUCAAGAUCUCAGAGCACAAUAAUAAAACUUUCCAAAUUGGCAGAACUGUGGUCACCAUCAAGUCUAAAAGUGAAGCUCCUUGGAAGAAGAGGAAUCUGGAAAGAAUUGAAGGCAAAUUAGGGGCUAAAGGGGCAGAACUCAAUAGGAUGGAAGAACUGCUUAGGGACAACUCACUCAGUAAAACUUACUCCCUAAAGCAAAAUCCCAAACCUAGUGGUGCUUUGCUCCAGCAAUAUCCUGAAGAUAUUGAGGAAAGAGUACAGAAAAUAUCUGCCUCUGAAGUAAGUCACCAAGGAAAUAAUGUUAUCGAAAUUGACGGAAAAAGAUACAUCAUUUUGAAAGAACUAGAAGACAAGCCUUCUGAAGAAUAA